UGAACGCAGUCUUUCCCCCCAAUCCUCAAAACAAAUGCUGAGCCUGCGUUUCCCGCCAAAAGCACUCUCGCUGAUCGCAUCGCGUCCGUUGCUCGCAUCCGUCGCAGUGCCUGGUCAUCGCCAGUACUCGGGUUCCACUGUGACGCUCGCCCGCAAAUCUGACGGCUUGCCGGCCUUCAAGCGAGGACUGACACUGGAGACUGCUCUUGUGACGAGCCCACGAUGGAGCCCAAGCAAGCGCGCACCAUCCGCAACCACAGCCACCACGACGCCCUUCUCAGUCUCGUCAGUUGCCGCUACCGCAGCUGCAUCGAGCCUGACUGCCACGGCCACGGCCACGGCCGCGGGAGCAAAGAGCAGCAAAGCCAAGACCACCAAGACCGCAAGCGCUGCCAAGCUCGCGUCCAAGACCAAGGCCAAGCAACGGCUGCCAAGCAAGAUCAGCUCGGGCCUGGAGGACGAGCUCGACGAUGCAGCGGAGGCCGACGGCGAGGAGGUCGAUCUGGACGCGUCCGACAUCCCAGCCGACGCCAAGGAGGCUCGCUGGACGACCUUUGUGCACAAUGGUCCCCUGUUCCCAGAGCCGUACACGCGAUUGCCCGUGAAUGUCACGUUCUUCUAUGACGGGCAGCCCGUGAGGAUGCUUCCUGACGUUGUCGAGGAGGCCGUCUGCCUGUUUGCUGCGAGAUUGAACUCGCCGUUGAUUGUCAAUCCAAAGUUCCGGCUGAACUUUAUUGCCGAUCUUAACAAGCUGGUGGAUCAGCACCGCCAUGAGCUGGCAAGCCCACUCCCGAAGGUGCUUGAAUAUGACAAGUGCGACUUCACCAAGAUAGCAGCACACUUGAUGCGCUUGCGCGAAAAGAAACGCAGUGCUCUGACUGCCAAGGAGAAAGCAAAGAAAGCGGAACGAGCACUCAAGCACGGCGUUGUUGUUGUGGAUGGCGUUCCGCAAAAGUUCGGCCCGUACGUAAUGGAGCCGCCCAGCAUCUUUCUGGGACGAGGCAACUCGCCGCUUACAGGUCACAUCAAGCCUCGACUUUCGCCUGCGGACGUUACGCUGAACUUGUCCGAAGGCGCACCUGUUCCGCCAUCUCCCGUUCCAGGCACAAACUGGAAGGCGAUUGUCUCGCGCCCGACUGCGCUCUGGAGCGCGACCUGGACGUGCAAAAUCAGCGGUCUAACCAAGGCGAUUGUGCCAAGCCGUUCUGCAAAGCUGAUCCAAGAGGCAACUGCGGCCAAGUUUGACCAAGUUCGCAAACUAGGUGAGCACAUCUCUGAAAUUCGAGAGCAAGUUUUCAAGUGCAUGCGCCUCGCCAAGGAGCCAACCGUUCAGGCACAGACUGCGUUGGGCGUUUACCUGCUCGAUCAGCUUGCGCUUCGACCCGGCACGAGCAAGAUCGACACCGACUCGUCCUAUGGCCUUUUCACGCUGUUGCCCAAGCAUGUCAAGCUGGUCGAGCCCCGCACCAUCUCGUUCGACUUUCCCGGAAAGGACAUGGUGCAGUACACCAACAGUGUCGAAGUUGAUCCCUCAGCGUUCAAAGUGUUCAAAAUGAUGAUGGCGGCAGCCAAAGAUCCCAAGACACCCGUGUUUGACUCUUCAGUUGGCACCCGAGUUGACACGUUUGUCAAGUCAUUCGACAAGAACUUUUCAGCUCGAAGCUUCCGAACAUACUCGGCCUCCUCCCUGUUUGAGCGCUCGUUGCCCGAUUGCCGCAAAGUGAGCGAAGUGCACAAAAAGGCGGCGUUUGAUCGCGCCAAUGUGGCUGUCGCUCGUCUCUGCAAUCACCAGCGCAUCACGACCACCAAUCCCGCUGACGAUCGCAAGAAGAUGGCCUCGGCCAUGAAGGCUGCCAAGGCGAGCUUGACCAAGAUCAAGGACGAGCUGAAGGAAACGCCAAAAACAACCAAAAAGUACAGCGCUCUCGUUGAGCGGAAAAAGAAAGCGGAAGACCGCAUUGUCCAGCUUGAAGUCAAGCAAGAGACCAAGGAGGACUCCCGAGCACUCUCACUCAACACGUCAAAAGUGAACUACAUUGAUCCUCGCAUCAGCGUGGCAUGGUGCAAGCGCAACAAGCUCGACCUGAACAAGAUCUUCCCGCCAACGACCCUGGAUCGCUUCUCGUGGGCGUUGGACACGAAAGACGAUUUUGUGUUCUCCACCGCCCCGGCCCCUCCGCGACCUGACGACAAAAAGUAGACGAAUCAGCUCAUCGCUCUUUUUGUUUUUGUUUGUUCAAUUCUAUUUUGUGUUGUUUGCUCACAAAGAGAGAGCAAGACAGAUUAAAGAAACAAAUUUGUUCAAUUAAGACAUUGAU